AUGUCGCGGGGAAGUCAUCUUACAAAAGAGGAACAAGCUCAAAUUAGAGCAUUCAAAAUCGCCGGAUGGUCCAAUAGAAUGAUUUCGUCAAAAUUGAAACGAUCUCUCAACUGUAUUAAUCAAUUUGUCAACAAUCCGGAUCACUAUGAGCGAAUGAAAAACACUGGAGCUCCCAAAAAACUCACGGAGAGAGAUAAACGAGGGAUUGUUAGGUUGGCUUCGAACACAAUGAAAUCGUGUAAUGACAUCAAAAACGAGCUGGGUUUGAAUAUCAGUAAGACUACAGUUUGGAGAGCCAUAGACCAAUCCCCAGAAAUCGUUCGAGCCAAAUUGGUGCCAGCUCCGCGUCUCACACUUCGCCACAAAGACAACCGUCUUACUUUCGCAAAAGCCAACAUGGCCACAGAUUGGGAUAAGGUAAGUAAUUUUUCUAAAAACAUCAAAUAUUGAUGUUUUCUUGUUCAGAUAAUUUUUUCUGACGAAAAAAAGUUUAAUCUUGAUGGUCCGGAUGGUUACAACUCAUACUGGCAUGAUAUCAGAAAGGAUCAACUUCGCUUCCCAAAGAGAAAUUUUGGAGGAGGACGGGUUAUGUGUUGGGGCGCAUUUUCUGCAGCUGGAACGUUAAAAAUAGCUUUUGUUUCAUUCAAGAUGGAUUCGUUAGAUUACCAAAAAACCCUCCAUGACUAUCUUUUGCCAUAUUUGAGGCGGUUCCGGACCAGAAAGUUCACUUUUCAACAGGAUAAUGCUGCCAUCCACGUCAGCCAAUCAUCAAAAGAUUGGUUCAAAAGCCACAAAAUCAAAGUUUUGGAUUGGCCAGCGUGUUCUCCUGAUCUUAAUCCGAUGGAAAACGUAUGGGGGGAGCUCGUUCGCCGAGUUUAUGCUCAAGGAAAAAAUAUGAUACUGUGGACCAACUCAAAGAUGCCAUCGAGACGGAAUGGAAUAAAAUCGAUAAGAACUACCUCAAGAGACUUGUUGACUCGAUGCCAAAUCGUCUCUAUGAUGUCAUUUCUAAACAUGGAGGUCCAACUAAGUAUUGAUUUUCGAUUAUAUGUCUCCAAUGGGAAUUCUGGAUUAGGUGAACCUAUCGUUUUGAAACGCUAAAUUUUUGAAAUUUUUGAACUCCGGUCAUUUAUUUUUUUAUUAUUUGGUAGUUUCAGAUAAAAUUGAGUUUUCUUAGCUAAUUUUGUGUGCUCUUUUUUAUUUUUAACUCGGAUUGUUAUUACAACUCACACCUCGGCUGAUUUCAGAAAUUUUGGGGGUGAACCUAUCAUUAUGAAACGCACUGUAUUUUUUUCCGCUUGAAAAUCAGUGAACUUUUGGCUAAAAAAUCUUGAACUUCCGGGAACGUUUCUACGUUUUAAGAGACGUUAUUUCUAAAAACGGAAAUUCGUGCGGCCAAGAAAAAAGUCAUAGUCUCGGAUUCGGCUCAAAUUUUUUUCUUUGAAAGCCCUAUAGGUGAGGAUGACUCUCCACCAAAAAUUUUGACCCAAAUGUGUUUCCCCCCUUUCACGUGAUCACGUGAAAAAUUCGUGGGUGGUCUCCAGUAAAAUUUGAGGAACUUUCUUCAAAGUCAAGCUUUUUUCACAAACUCAACGCGGUUUUGAUUCAUUAAUGAUGGACUUUCAUCGACAACAUCCGCCCCAUAAUGGUGCAGCUCCCUAAGGGUUGCACCAAAAUUUUUGGAAAAUUUUUUUUGAAAUUUUUCUAAAAAUCGAUUUUUCUCCUUUUAAACCAAAAAUGCGCGCGCUGUAACUGCUUUUAUAAUGUUCCUCAUCCCUUUUUACCCCCAGGAGCAAAGUAUGAGAAAAUUAAUCGAUACUCUUUUUUAGUUAUUUCAGAUUGAAUAAGCUCACCUAGAGCGCGCGCUGCACACAAACACACACAAUCUCAAUUAUUUUUUAUUUAUUUCUUGUUUUUGUCUGUGUUUGUGUUUUGAAAAAGUACUACAGUGCCCAUAACUGUUUUUUCAAUAUAUUUAUGGGAAAAAUAUGCAUUGUGAGAUCUAUUCCGAUGUUUCCAGUGAGAACAUCUAGAAAAAUUGAUAUGGCUCAAUACAUCGAUUUUUAUGACAUAUUAUCGUCGGAUAUUCGAUAA